GAGGUUUAUGGGACAGCCUAAACUUCAGCCGGUUACGUGAGAUAAACGAAGUUUCAGGUGGAUUAUGUGCAACAACCCCGAAAGUUUAGGGGUUAUGUGGAAAUUAAUCCUUCCAUUCCCCGCUCUCUGUGUCUCCCACCGCCACUGAUAUCAGCUGAAUCAGCAGACCAAGGAGGAGACAUGAAAAGUCUCGGGUUUCGACCUCGAUCUUUUAAGAGAAACCCUAACCCCCCCUUUCGAUCUCACGCGUAGGAAGAAGCUAAAGCAGCCAUCUCUCUGAUUUCUCUCGGCGCCUUUUUUUUUUUUUGGAAUUCUCUUUGCUGAUUUUUGUUUAGUUUUUUUAUAGGUAUUUGAGGGAGUAGAGAUUGCAAAGGGGAAAAAAAAAUAUGGGAAGGUGAAUACGAUCGUGAUGAAUGCUGUCAUGGAGGUUUGUAUUCGGUCCAAGGACUCGGAUUCGGCUCCGAGGGUUCUCGAUCAAGAUCUCUAUUUUGCCCUCCAAAUUUCCUACGGGGUUUAUGUUAGGAGCAAGAAUGGUUGAAGCUGGAGGUGGGCCUUUAGAGGAAGUAGAAGAGGAUGAGUUUUGUCCAGAGGGAAUUAGAGUCUUGGCUGUUGAUGAUGAUGCGGUUUGCUUGAAGAUGCUUGAGAGGCUUUUAUUGAAAUGCGGUUAUCAAGUUACUAUUGCACAGCAUCCAAAUAGAGCUUUACAGUUAUUAAGAGAAAACAAGGGAAACUAUGAUAUUGUUAUAAGUGAUGUUAAGAUGCCAGACAUGGAUGGAUUUACGCUUUCGGAUAUUGUUGGUGUUGAGAUGGACUUGCCUGUAAUUAUGUUAUCUGUUGACAGUGAAGUCAAAACAGUAAUGAAAGGAAUAAAACAUGGAGCUUGUGAUUAUCUAGUGAAACCCGUGCGAAUAGAAGAACUCCAGCUUAUAUGGAAGCAUGUAAUGAAGAAAUCAUUGCUUGAUGCAAAGGUCAGCAAUGAUGAUGCUAACAAGCCUGAAAAAAUAUCAAAAUCAGAAGAAGAUAAUACCUCAAGAUCCAGAGCGAAAUGUCAAAGUAAAUAUAAAGAAGUCAUAGAUAAUGAUGAAGACUCGGAUGAAGACCUUGCCACUCAAAAGAAGCCUAGGGUUGCUUGGACAUCAGAUCUACACUCUAAGUUCAUUGAUGCCAUAAACAAAUUAGGCUUAGACAGAGCAGUCCCCAAAAAAAUACUUGAUCUCAUGAACACCCCUGGGCUUACACGAGAGAAUGUUGCCAGUCAUUUACAGAAGUACAGGAAAGCGCUGAAGAAAAAUAGCAUUACGGUUACCCAACACUAUUAUAGUAAUAUUGCUUCUAGUGGAAGUCGUGCAAAUACUGGAAAUCCUGUUCUUUCGUCUUUCAUUAAUCAAGUUUCAAAUGUUAACGCUCUUGGAGGAUUUCAAGUUCAAGCAUCCCAAAAUAACCAAAGGCCAAUUCCAUUUGCUAAUGUUCAACAAUCCCAUAUUGGGCAUAGUCCUAUCUCUGCAACAUGGUCUCGAUUUCCUGUCAACAAUCAAAAUAAUAUACCCCAAUCCUACUCAUCAACUCCUCAGGCUAGCCAAUUAAGGUUCAAUCAUUUUGGCUCUGCAUCAAACCCUUUGGUUAUGCAAACAGACACUCCUCGAUUAGCAUCCAAACCCAGGAUUUACCAAUCUCUCAUUCCAAGAUUGAAUCAACCAUCUAGCUUUAUGGAGAAUCUCUCUAGGAUUCAUGGGCUAAAUGAGACAAUUUCUAGUCCAAGUUCAAUUAAUCAACCUGGAUUUGUUCCUAGCGAACAUGGUUUUGAUUCCAUAGUUGAUCAGAGCUCAGAACAUGGUGGACUCAAAGAUGCAUUUGCAGCUGGGUUGGAUGCAUUAGUGCAAGACCAUCAAGAUCAACCAAAUCAGUUCAGUGCUCAGAUUGGCUCAGAUUUUGGAUUUGGAAUCGGAAUAAAUGUGAAUUCAAUGGUCCCCGAAAGCAGUGGCCAUAAACAACCAGAGGGAGUUAACCCAUUGGAGGACCACUUAGCACCAUAUAUGGACUCUUCUCUAGACGAAACACCGUUUCACCUCAGUAACAGUGAUUCAGCGGAUGAUCUUCAGUCAGUGCUUAAUCAGGUAUAAUGCAAUAGCGGAGGCCAAUCCAGUAUUCAGAUUUGCCUUAGCUUUUGGAUUAUCGCGCAUGAUCCCUCCUUAAUAGCUGUAAUACCUGUUGAAUGUUGAGACUGUUUUCAGUUUUAUUUACAUUUAGUUUUGUCAAGAUAGAGUCAUCAAAUGGGGGUAAAAAAUAAAAUAAUCCAUGUAUUUUUCUCUUGAACAUAAUGAACUGUAAGGCUAUAUUCGGAUACAAGGCAAUUGAAAUAAAAUGUAAAACGUAGUGAAUUUCUUUUUCACUUCAA